AAAGGGCCAUCCAAAGAGAGGCUUGUAAGCACCACCCAAUCUCUCUCUCUCUCUCUCUCUCUCUCUCUCAAAUAUAUCCCCAAAAGAAACUAGUACUUUUCCGCGUGGGCUUGCCAUGGCUGACACUUCCUUUCUCCAUUCUCCUCAUUGCACUCUCCACAGCUUUACUAAUCCAACCAAGAAUCUGAACACCUUCCACUCUCCUCUUCUUUUCAGUUUCAAUCAUCACAGAAACAAGAGGGACUUCUCCUUGCUAGCUUUAACAUCUACUUCACAAAGUUCAAACCUACCCAUUUCUACUGAAAGAAAUUCACAACCACUCAUCAAUGUGGACUACAUGAAGAAGGAAUUCAGUGGCCAUGGCGUUAGCUUUACAGAACUUGGAGAAAGCUGUGUUCUUAGGAUGGAAGUGGAAAAUGGAAGUAAUGCUAGCCUGAUGCUCCCAAGUGGUUUGAUCACAUCAUAUAAGGCUCACAUGUGGCAUGGUGGUACACUUGAAGUGCUCCAUACCUCUGUUUCAAAGGGGGAGGAUGGUAGUGUUGUUGUUCAAGGAGGGGCUUUUGUGGGUUUCAAUUGCAGAACUGAUGGUGCUGUGUCAUGGUCUCCAAGCACUUGGGCUCUUCUUGAUGUGAGAGGGAAUCCUCAAGAGGGCAUUCAGGUUGAGCUUGUAAGCUGUGGUGAUUCAGAAGGCAUGAUUGAAGUUAAAUACCUUGUGACUCUUGAAUCAGACACCAUGAGCACAGAGCUCCAAAUCUCAAACUUGACUCCUUUGCCUCUCCAGUUAAUGGGUUCUCUUAUAAGCCAUUUGUCAGUGAGUACACCUGAAGCAACUUAUGCUGUUGGACUGGAAGGAUCAAAUUACUUCAAUAGGUCACCAUUCAUGUCAGACUUCAGCAUCAUUCCUCCUGGCUUUGGACAGAGAAAGGGUCAAACAGCUCUUGGGGGCUUGAUGUCAAGCUGGGGAAUGGCAGGAUCAAACAGCCAAGGGAGAGAAACAGAAGAACAAGAAGAAAUGGAGGAAGAAGAGAAUGAUAACUAUGCUCACCUGACUGAGAAGAUGAGCAGGAUCUACACCAGUACUCCUAGGAUGUUCUCAGUCAUUGACAGGGGCAGAAGGAACUCAGUUAUAGUAGGGAGAGAUGGGUUUGAUGAAUUGUACAUGCUCAGUCCUGGAUCAACCUAUGAAUGGUAUGGCAUGUAUGCUUAUAUUUGCACAGGUGCAUCAGCCUUGCUGAAACCAAUAAUCUUAGCUCCUAAAGAUGUUUGGAAGGGAUAUCAGUAUCUACACAACCCAAAUCUCUAAACCAUCUUAUAUAAAAGAAAAUGUUUAGUUCUGUUUUUCUUUUCCAUGUUCUCAUGUAUGAAACUAUGAAAAUUGUACCUUGAAAGUUAGGGAUUGAUACUUUACAAUAGAAGGUGAGAAUUGAUGAUGA